AUGAUAUCUCUUGGCAUUCUUGAUAAAAACUGGGCCCGUGGAUUAAAUGAAAAAGAAGCUGAAGUUAAAUUUAACCAGAUACUUAAUAGCCAAAACAGUGCAACACCAACCCCAAAAUAUGUUGAGAAUGAAAAACAAAAGAGAUUAUUUCAAGAGGAGAUCAACCAAGUAAAAAGACUACAUGGAAAUGAAUUUGAUCUGCAAAUUAAAGAAUUAUAUCAUGCAACUAAAGCUCCGAGAAAUCUGAUUUGUUCUCGUGGACUGGAUCAACGACUCAGUACAGAGUACCCCGAUGGAAAAGCAGAUCCUGAACUUAAACAAGAACCUGAAAAAGAAAAUGGAGACUACUAUGAUUCUGUCAAAGGAAAUAUGGAUGGCUUCAAUGAAUACGUAAUAUACGAUAAUCGUAGGUGCCUAAUUAAUUACAGAAUUGUCCUUGAAGGUACUGAAGAUGAAGACAGCGACAAAGAAGAUGAGAUUGCAAAAGAAGAGAAAAAAGAGGAAUUUAUGGAAACUUGGAAACGUCAUAUGAAUUUCUUGGUUGACUCAUGCAAACAUGAUGAUGAAGAGGAUGCAGAAGUAGAGCAAGAAAUCUGUAACAUUGAAAAAAUUCGACUUGAGAUUCGCAUGAGACGAGAAAUGAAAACAGGAAAACCACUGAGUAAAUUGUCUUAUGAUUUGCUGCGUGAAGAGAGAAAGAAAUGGAAGUCUUAUAUUUCGAAAGCUGAAAACAAAUCCGAAAUGCCUUCUAACCAAAAAUCAGAUGAGAAAAAAUUGCCUUCUAACCAAAAAUUGGAGGCAGAGGAAAGUGUCAUUUCUUCUUUGCUGGAAUUCAAUUUAGAUAAUUCCGGAGAGGAGAUAACACAUUAUCCGCAAGUAGCAGAUGAUCCAGAAUUAGCAAAUGAUAUGCACUGGUGGCUUGAAUACUACAUGAGUGCCAGAAGGUGUGAAAUUUCUAUCAGCUCCACAGCCCUCUACAUCCCGUCCAGCAAAGUCCCCCUCUCCAAAGAAAUCCACUCGCUCCUCAUCCUCCGACCCAUCUCCUUCUCUCCGGCCCUCAACCUCUCUUUCUAG